AUGGCGUUCAGCAAGCACACGAGGCAGUGGUGGAAGGAAGCUGUGGUAUACCAGAUCUACCCAGCCUCCUUCUGCGACUCCAACGGUGAUGGCAUUGGCGACUUGCCUGGAAUUACGUCUAAGCUUGACUACCUGGUCGAUUUGGGCGUCAACGUGAUUUGGGUCUCACCCAUGUACGAGAGCCCACAGGUUGAUAUGGGAUAUGACAUAUCAAAUUACGAGGCCGUUCACCCCCCAUACGGCACGGUGGAGGAUAUGGAAAUUCUUAUUCGCGAAACUCACGCCCGCGGGAUGAAACUGAUGCUCGACCUGGUCAUUAAUCAUACCUCUGACCAGCACGAGUGGUUCAAAGAGUCUCGUUCAAGCAAGGAUAACCCCAAACGGGCCUGGUACAUCUGGCGGCCACCCAGGUAUUCUCCAGAGGGCAAGCGUCUCCCUCCUAAUAAUUGGCGAGCGGCAUGGGGUCCCAUCAGCGCGUGGGAAUGGGACGAGGCAACUCAAGAGUACUACUUUCACAUCUUUGCAGCGCAACAACCAGAUCUGAAUUGGGAAAACCCAGAGACCCGGAAAGCGAUCUAUGCCAGUGCCAUGGAGUUUUGGUUGAAGCGUGGAGUGGAUGGGUUCCGCAUCGACGUUGUCAACAUGUAUAGCAAGCCACCUGCAUUUCCAGAUGCCCCAAUUGUCGACCCUUCUAUGCCCUAUCAGCCUGCUUCGGCUCUGUUCUGCAAUGGGCCGCGCAUGCACGAGUUCCUGGACGAGAUGGGCGAGAUUCUCACCAGAUACGGCGCGAUCACAGUUGGCGAGCUUCCCAACACGCCAAACCUGCAGGAUGUACUCGGAUACGUCAGCGCCAAGUCGAACAAGUUGAGCAUGGUCUUCCAGUUCGAGGUUGUCACAGUCGGGAUGGGCACCGACAUCACCUACGAUGCUCGGCCACACAAUUUCGGUUUGCCCGGGUUCAAACAGGCUGUGGACGCAACGCAAUCGCUCAUCCGCAACACCGACGGCUGGACGACGGUCUUUCUGGAGAAUCACGACCAGGCACGCUCCAUAAGCCGUUUUGCCAAUGAUAGUCCCGAGUUCCGUGUAUGCAGUGCCAAGAUGCUUGCGCUCAUGCAGGCCUGCCUCACGGGCACCCAGUAUGUCUACCAAGGCCAGGAAAUCGGCACCGUCAAUGCUCCCAAGGAUUUAUACCCGCUCGAAAACUAUCUCGACAUCGGCAGCAUCGGGCACAUUACCUCGAUCAAAGAGAAGUACGGGGCGGAUAACAAGGAGGAGCUCGAUAAGGCGUUUGACUCGCUGGCAUACUUUGCGCGCGACCACGGCCGUCUCCCCAUAUCCUGGACCGGAGGCAAGUACGGCGGAUUCUGUAACGGAUUCGGGAAAAGCGAAGAGGAGGUGAAGAAGCCGUGGAUGGAGCCUCAUCCUCUGGCGAAAGAAAUCAACGUGGCCUCGCAACUUGAUGACCCGAACAGCGUUCUUGCGCACUGGAAGAAGAUGCUUGCUUUUCGUCGAGAGUACAAGGACUUGCUGGUGUAUGGUGACUUUAGGGAUAUCCGGCCGGACGACGAGGAUUUGUUCAUGUUCGUAAAAGAAUCGUCGGAUACUUUCAAGGCGCUAGUCGUUCUUAACUUUACAACUAAAGAGCAGAGCUGGACAAAGCCCAGUGCCGAGGAGCUGGGGUUGCGUGAAGGGUCGGAGGUGAAGCUUGAUAUGAUCACGUCUACGCAUGGCGAAGAGGAAACGGAGGCUCUCGCUGCUCUAGAGGGUCGUGUAUACCUGGUCAAGUUGUGA